AUGCCCCGGUGUCGCGGCCCCUGCGAUGGAGGCGGCGUGCGACGGCAGCAAGGCUGGACUCGAGGGGCUGCCCGCGGUGCGGCGGCCCGGCACGCGCCGCGCCGUGCCGGGGAGGAGAUCGUCCUGGGCCCGGCGGCGGCGCGGAGAGCGGCCCGCCGCUGGCGUCAGCAGGCCUGCGAGGCCGCGCUGCGCAGCCUGGUGGCGGCGGCCGCCCUGCCUGGGUCGUGGCAGGCUUGCAGCGGCGGGCGCGUGCGCGCGCCAGGCAGCGCCAGGCAGGGGCCGCAGAGAUGCGGCCCGGCAUGCUGCCGUGGCGCCAGCGGCGGGCUUUGCCCAGGCCUGCGACGCCGCAGGUUGCGAGCGGCGGCGAGCGGCCCGAGGCUGGGAGCCCCUGCCCCGUCCACCCCACCGGCAGCGCCGCGGCAGGCGGCGGCCACUACGCCCACCAAGCUGCGGAAGGGGGCGCCGCUGCGGCCCGAGGGCUGGCAGGCGCGGGAUAUCGAGGGGAAGGGGCAGGGCGACGACGAGGAGGAGGGCGCGUUGGAAGCCAAUGCGUCGAAGGAGGAGCUCGGGGCGAGCGCCGUUGCCUCGGAAGGCGGCGGCGCUGCUGGGCAGUUUGGAUUCGUGCUGCAGGGCGCCUGCACGCCCGUGGACCCCGAUGCCCAUUGCGGCUCUGUGGAGAUCGGAGAGAGCGCCGGCAAGAUGGAUGGCGGCGCUUCGGCCAGGCACUUCGGCUUCAAGCUGCAAGACGAAGUCGGCCAUAGCCGCCGCCAGGAGGGCAACGCGCUCGGCAAGAUGGAGGGCGACGCUUUGGACAAACACGUAAACCUGACGGCGCCGAGCGACGACGGCUUCGACUAG